GCUACGCAGAGAAGAGUCAACGGAGCGAUUGGAAAUCGAACUGGACAAAUAAAUAAACCGAAAGCGGAGAAAUAAAGCGAAAACAAACAGAACGUAAAAAGUGCAAAUAGAAACGGCUUUCGAGGCAGUGUGUCAGCGAAAUGGAUGCCAAGGAGUUUCGGGAAUUUGGCAAGGCGGCAAUUGAUUUUGUGGCCGACUAUCUAGAGAAUAUCCGUGACAAUGAAGUACUGCCCUCCGUGGAGCCGGGAUACCUCCUGGACCUGCUGCCCAACCAAAUGCCCGAACAGGGGGAGUCAUGGAAAACGGUCCUCAGCGACAUCGAUCGCGUGAUCAAGCCAGGCAUUACCCACUGGCAGUCGCCGCAAAUGCAUGCCUAUUACCCCACCAGCACCUCCUAUCCCUCCAUAGUGGGUGAGAUGCUGGCCAGCGGGUUCGGCAUCAUUGGAUUCAGCUGGAUCUGCAGUCCUGCAUGCACAGAACUGGAAGUGGUGGUCAUGGAUUGGCUGGCCAAAUUCUUGAAGCUGCCAGAGCACUUCCUGCAUGCCAGCGAGGGUCCCGGUGGCGGUGUAAUCCAGGGAUCUGCUAGCGAGGCAGUUCUGGUGGCCGUUCUUGCUGCCCGCGAACAGGCGGUGGUUAGCUAUAGGGAGUCACAUCCGGAAUUGAGCGAGAGCGAGGUUCGAGGCCGCCUGGUGGCCUACUCCUCGGAUCAGAGCAACAGUUGCAUCGAGAAGGCCGGAGUCCUGGCCGCCAUGCCUAUCAGGCUCCUGCCAGCUGGAGAGGAUCUGGUACUUAGGGGAGAGACCCUAAAGAAGGCCAUCGAGGAGGAUGUGGCAUCGGGAAGGAUUCCUGUCAUCUGCAUUGCCACCCUGGGCACCACGGGCACCUGUGCCUACGACGACAUCGAGACCUUGUCCACAGUCUGCGAGGAAUUCAAGGUAUGGCUCCAUGUCGAUGCCGCCUAUGCUGGUGGGGCGUUCGCCCUGGAGGAAUGCUCCGAUCUCCGAAAGGGUUUGGAUCGGGUGGAUUCGCUGAACUUCAACCUGCACAAGUUCAUGCUGGUGAACUUUGACUGCUCGGCCAUGUGGCUGCGGGACGCCAACAAGGUGGUGGACAGCUUCAAUGUGGACCGCAUUUACCUGAAGCACAAACACGAGGGUCAGUCCCAGAUCCCCGACUUCAGGCACUGGCAAAUCCCUCUGGGUCGCCGCUUCCGAGCCCUCAAGGUCUGGAUCACAUUCCGCACUCUGGGAGCCGAGGGCUUGAGGAAUCAUGUGCGCAAACACAUUGAGCUGGCCAAACAAUUCGAGGAGCUGGUGACCAAGGACUCUCGCUUCGAGCUGGUGGCUCCUCGAGCCCUGGGCUUGGUCUGCUUCCGCCCAAAGGGUGACAACGAGAUAACGGCCCAACUCCUGCACAGGCUCAUGGAGCGCAAGAAGAUCUACAUGGUCAAGGCGGAGCAUGCCGGUCGCCAGUUCCUCAGGUUCGUUGUGUGCGGCAUGGACUCAAAGCCCUCCGAUAUUGAGUUUGCCUGGACGGAGAUCGAGUCCCAGCUAACGGCCCUGCUGACGGAGCAAUCACUGGCCGCUCGCAAGACGGGAAAUGUGGCCGAUCUGACGCAACAUUUUAAAAUCCAUCUGAACGAUCACGAGAAGUCUCAGUGAGAUGACCCCUUUACUUGAAAUUUAACUUCAUAUUUAUGUUUAGGAUGUCCUUAGAGUGCAUUGUAGUAGUUAAGAUUACCAUGUGUUUAUAAAUAAAAAGUGAAAGAAA